GACCUUACGCGGGUAGCACGCUCCGCCCGGGCGCGUCAUUCAAAUAUGGAACACGAUACAAACGCGUGAGGUGUUGUAAACAACGGACGUCUAAAUUCGAAAUUUAAUUUUUUUCUUAAAAAAAUUGUGUUGUAAUUUUUUUUAAAACAUGUUAAAUAAUGUUUCAAAUGUUACCAAGAGUGGACGCUACCUGUACUGUGGAGCAUAACGCUUAUAAUGUGACUACAGUUCCUGUUCUGUUCGUAAUAACUGCGGUGCAUGUGAAGUCGAACAAAAUAUUAUGUAAUUUACUAUACGCAACUACAAAAGCUUAAAAAUGAAGUUUAUAUCGAUUAUCACAUUGUGUGCUAUAACAUCAGCACACGAAAUCACUCAACUGAAGGUGCCGCUGUAUGCAGAUCCACGGAGACCCGCAGUCCUAAGCUGCCAUUUCCAAAUGGAUGAUCAGAAGUUACACUCUGUCAAGUGGUACAGAGAUAUGGACGAAAUAUUUAGAUAUAAUCCAUCUCAAAAGCCUCCUAUACGACUGUUCAACGUGACAGGCAUUAUGGUGCAAGGAGGGGAGUGCCAAAUAGACUCGUGUAUGGUGAAAGUAAUGCCUCCUCCGGUAGCUACGAGGGCGGCGUAUACUUGUGAAGUAUCCACGGAGGGUCCAAAGUUCCAGAUAGCAAGACAAACUAAACAUAUGACUGUUGUUGCGAUGCCGGAUCUGGACCCGAUUAUAAGCGGGGCCCCAAAGGUGCUGAAGCCUGGAGAGCAGAUAUUCCUGAAUUGUUCAUCAGACUACUCGUUGCCGCCGUCCGAUAUAAAUUGGUAUAUCGACAACGAGCUACAAAAGCCCGAGGCAUGGCAGAGAACAGAGCUGAGCGCGGUCCAGCCUGGCGGACUACGUAAGUCCUGGAGGGUCCUCAGGCUACGAGUACCGGCUACAGUCAGCGGUGCAUUGCGGAUACGCUGCGAGUCCAUACUGUUGGUCGAACCGCCCGUAGUUCGAGACACGGCCACUAUUAUCACUGUGCAUUCACAGACGCAGUUAUCGAAAUACGUUUCUAAUAAUAGAGGUAUAAAACUAACUGCAAAUACUAUUUUGUUAAUUGCAGUAACAUGGACUCUUAUUGAAAUAUCAACAUUUAUGAGCUUAUGAGGAUGGGUUUGAAGUUUAUCUGGUGAUAUUAGUGUAAGUGUAGAUAAUUACGAUUGGCCUACAUCCCGUGUACCUACCACAAAUGUAACAAGAUAAACGUAAUAUAAACUAUAGAACAAAAUUGCAUAAUUAUGUAUAAAAAUCCAGAAACAAAGUUACCUAAGGAACCUCAUAAUUAUGUAUUGUGAAGGAUUUAUUAUUUUUUGUACAUUCUAAAAUAUUAGAAACUGUAUAAAGUAAGAAUAUAUAAAAUGGAUAUAUCUAGCUAUCCCAUUUACCGAUGUCAAGGCAGGUUUAGUAUAUGAAAUUAUUUUGCAUAGUUUUUAUAUGAGGAAAUUAAAUAAAUAUGUUACAGAUAUAAGUUGAAAUAGAUAUUGCAUGUACGAGUUCUUCUGGAAUAGACUUUCAUAAGCUCUGGCUAUGUUGUCUAAAAUACAGAAGUGCUACGUGUAUUUUUAUCAUAGAAUCUUUGUAUCAAACCACGCGUAUAAAGACUCUGCAGAUGUACAAUCAAAUAAUACAAACCUUUAUCGUAGUCUGAUUAUGAGAUGUAGCAACAAAGCCUAGUUUCAAAGUGAACUUCCUAAAAUAUAUAUCAAUGAAAGUUUAUUAGAUUGACAAAAAAGUACGACAGGUGAUGUUCUGAAUGUAUUUGCUAAGGGAAAAGAAGCUUACUAUUUCUAAAAAGCUUUUAUAAGAUCACGGUGAGUAGUUCAAUAGUGGCACGCUUAAGUUUCAUUAUAGUAAUGUUUGCGUCAUCUAUCUUUAUAUACGUCAGUGGUAGAUAAUAGUUUCGGUACCUACAAUUAUGUGGUGUCCACGGACGUAUAAAAACUUGGGACUCUGUAACGUCACAUUAAUAUCAUAGUGUACGAGAGAGUUCUUUAUGUUGUGAUAAUACUGUGUGCGGCAAAGUAGUGUACACAGAAGCAUUCAAAGUAUACCAACUCGAAAUAUUUGAGAGUACUUCAUGAUUUACGGUCCUCGCCGGAGGCAAGAGUCCUAAAUGUACUCUCGGUAGAAAUCUAACCUUGCUAAAGUAAAGUACCAUUGUUUUGUUCUAAUAAAAUAACUUUCAAAAACUUUUGUUAUGGUCAUGGACAUAUGUUAUGUGAAUAUAUAUGAUGAUAUGUUCCUGGUAGAGAUAUAUUUGAAAUAUACACCGAUUUUUUAUAAUAAACAUAUUUUUAAUGUUGUAAUAAGAUCAUUGUGAUUAUGUUACUCUCUUGUUUUGAAAAUAAUUAUGUUUAUGGUGUUACUAUUUAACAGUCCUUCAUAACAUAGUCACACAUAAUCAUAGACACAUACUCGUAAUAUUUUUAAAGAUGUAAUUUAAAUAAAAGUUAAGACAAAAAUAUCAUCUUGUUUUGUAUUAUAGCAAAUUUCCAUAAUGAUUUCAAAUUUUUUUAACUUAAUGUAAAUGUUCUGAUGUACCACACCUGAUUGAAAAAAAUCUUUUAAAACAGAGCUAAAAAAUCUUUUCUCACCUUUAUUUAUUCUUUUAAAUUUUUGUAAAAGAAAUUAAUGAUGAAAGAAUUUUUAAAAAGACUAUGAUUGUCUGUCAAUUAUAGGGUUUUUAAAAAUUAGUUCAUAUCAUUUAUAUCGGAAAUUGUUGAGUACUAAAAUUCAAUUUUAAUAAGCAUCUUCAAAUAAUAUCGACGAGUAAUUAAAAUAUGGAGAGAAAAUAAGUACUUAAGAUAUAAGUAGAUAGGUAGUUAUAACUUUCUUUUUGAUAAAUCAACAUAAUGUUUACCUUUUUUUUCCUUAACAAUUUUAACAAUUUUAGUUAUAUAAUAUAAAAUGAAGUAAGUAUACGAGUGGUAUAAUAAUUUACUCGUACGUGUGGUGUAAAACACUAUAUGUACUGUGUAUUGGGUAUUUGGGAGAAAAUACGAUUCCCAACUCGUUCGGUAUGAUGUCCUCGCCUUUGGUCCGGGCAUUAAACAUAUGAUCAAUUGUCACACUUGUUGGUAAUCGGUCACUUUUUUUUCUUAUUAAAUAAGAUACUAUUUCCUGUACUUGUUUUUAAAACCUGCCUUAACAUCGCAAAAAAAAAAAACAAUAAAAUUGUAAAAAUCAGCAUGAAAGUAUGUUUUUUUAUGAUGUCACUUUUGUAGAUCUUCUGAACGUUAAUUAGUUAUCUAUACAUAAAUUAAUAAUAGAUGAAUUAUUAGGCAUUAAUCUAUGGCUGUGUUUUCACUUAAGAUAAUGUCAAUUCUUUGCACGACAUCAUCUUUUAAAUAUAAUGUACAGUGACACAAAAUUGAUGUUUUGUUUCUGUUUUCUUUGUAUUGUAUUUAUUGUAAAUUUUAAA